CGUGUCUCCUCUUUAAAUCCACAGAUCAUCAUGUUGCAACGCUGCUGGCGUCUCUCCAAGCCGCUGGCCAUGCGACGAAGCUUCGCUUUGGGCCAGUUUAAUAGCCAAGCGGUGGCCACAGAAUCCCCAGAACCCCAGGAUGCCUUUGAGCGUCAGUAUCUCAAGGAUCGGAUUGAGAUAUCGCCCUUCCAGCGGGUGAUCCUAGGAGCUGGGUCCUCCAUAGCUGCUCUAUUGGAUCCAAGGCGUCACGAUAUGAUCGCCUGUCUGGGCGAGACGACUGGAGAGGAUGCCCUUUGGAGUAUUUUGGACACCAUGCAGGCCAGCGAGGAGGGUCAGAGGAUUAUGGCCGAUAAGCCCCGCAUCCACACCAGCACCAUUGACUUCAAAUACCUGGAAACUCUGCCAGCAGAUACCUUUGGAGCCGCUUACGUCAAGUUCCUCAAAGAUAAUCAAGUCACGCCUGACAGUCGCAUGGCCGUGAGGUUUCUGGAGGACCCCAAGCUGGCCUACCUGAUGACGCGGUACCGCGAGUGCCACGACCUCAUCCACACGGUGCUGGACAUGCCCACCAACAUACUCGGCGAGGUGGCCGUCAAGUGGGUGGAGGCUCUCAACACGGGUCUGCCCAUGUGCUACGGAGGCGCGGUGUUCGGAGCAGUUCGCCUACGUCCCAAGCAGCGGCGUGCGUACUUGAAGCAAUAUUUGCCCUGGGCCCUGGAGAAUGGCAAGCGAAUUAAGUCCCUGAUGCCCGUCUACUGGGAGAAGCGCUGGGAGCAGAAUAUCCACGAGCUUCGCUCCGAAUUGGGCAUAACUGUGUUGAAUAAAGCGUAAAGAGGCGCGUUGUUUUUAAA